AUGACGGCAGAGGUGCAGCCAGCCCCGCGCGCGCAGCCCCCUCCCCCUCGCCCUCCCCCCCCUCCUCCUCCUCUUCCUCCUCCUCCUCCUCCUCCCGGCUCGUCGGCGGCGCAGAGCAGCGGCGGCAGCGGCGGCGGCAGCAGCCACCCGAUGUCUUCGGCGCCCGAGAAACAGCAGCCACCGCACGGCGGCGGCGUUGGCGGCGGCGGGGGAGGCGGCGCGGCCAUGGACCCCGCGUCGUCCGGCCCGUCCAAGGCCAAGAAGACGAACGCCGGCAUCCGGCGCCCGGAGAAGCCGCCCUACUCCUACAUUGCACUCAUCGUCAUGGCCAUCCAGAGCUCGCCCACCAAGCGCCUGACUCUCAGCGAGAUCUACCAGUUCCUGCAGAGCCGCUUCCCCUUCUUCCGCGGCUCCUACCAGGGCUGGAAGAACUCGGUGCGCCACAACCUCUCGCUCAACGAGUGUUUCAUCAAGCUGCCCAAGGGCCUCGGGCGGCCAGGCAAGGGCCACUACUGGACCAUCGACCCGGCCAGCGAGUUCAUGUUCGAGGAGGGCUCCUUUCGGAGGCGGCCCCGCGGCUUCCGAAGGAAAUGCCAGGCGCUCAAGCCCAUGUACAGCAUGAUGAACGGGCUGGGCUUCAACCACCUCCCGGACACCUACGGCUUCCAGAGCUCGGCCGGCGGCCUCUCCUGUCCGCCCAACAGUUUGGCGCUUGAAGGCGGCCUGGGCAUGAUGAAUGGCCACUUGCCGGGCAACGUGGACGGCAUGGCUUUGCCCAGCCACUCGGUGCCCCACCUGCCCGCCAAUGGCGGCCACUCGUACAUGGGAAGCUGUGGCGGCGCGGCAGCCGGCGAGUACCCUCACCACGACAGCUCGGUGCCCGCUUCCCCGCUGCUGCCCGCCGCUGGUGGGGUCAUGGAACCUCAUGCCGUCUACUCGGGCUCUGCGGCCGCUUGGCCGCCCUCGGCCUCCGCAGCGCUCAACAGCGGCGCCUCCUACAUCAAGCAGCAGCCCCUGUCCCCCUGCAACCCCGCAGCUAACCCCCUGUCCGGCAGCCUCUCCACGCACUCCCUGGACCAGCCCUAUCUGCACCAGAACAGUCACAACGCCCCAGCUGAGCUGCAAGGCAUCCCUCGGUAUCACUCCCAGUCGCCCAGCAUGUGUGACCGAAAGGAGUUUGUCUUCUCUUUCAACACCAUGGCGUCCUCCUCCAUGCACUCUGCCGGCAGCGGCUCCUACUACCACCAGCAGGUCACCUACCAAGACAUCAAGCCCUGUGUGAUGUGAGCCCAAGCCCGUGGGGCCCUCCCGGCACAGGCCGCCAAACAGGGACCUGGGAACCCAUCGCAAGAAACUGCUUUAUUCUCGAGGUAUAACCGUCGGCAGAAGAAAAGGGUUUGACCCCUCCCCAAUCGGAUUAUUUCAAAAGGAACCCCCAGGGCAAAGACACCGCGCAGUGGUCGGCACCUCCUCCCCCUAUUCCCUCAAAAUUAAGGAAAAAAAAAAAAAAUGAUGGCUGUAAGGCCUGAUCUGACUGCAGCUGUUGGUAAAUAAAUAUCUAUUUUUGUUCCGAUUGAAACCGGCUGAGAAGGUGCUGUGUUGGGGGAAAACCCUCAACAUCUAAACAAAAAUUCUGCUGAGGUCUCUCCCAGCCCUUAACCCUCCAGUGGAAAAAGCGGAGGGGGGAGAUUUUUUUUUUUUUUUUAGAAGAAAGGCAAACAUAUGAGACCAUCAUUAUCAAAUACUUUUAUUUUUUGGUUGAGUAUUUAUCUUUUUAUUUUUAACUUUUUUUUUUUUUUUGGAAAGAAUGUCUUGGAAUGCGCAAGUCUCUUUUUAGAGCCGUCUUUUGCAGGGAAGGGGGGCAAGACAUCGCCUUCUCCCUCCCCACCUCAAGUCCUGCAGCAGCCACAGGUGGAUGUGCGGACGACUUGCAUUUCUGAAGCCACUGUUCGUCUUGAAAAAGAAACACACGGAGCCCAGAAGCGGGCGGCUCUCCGGGCCUCUGCCAUCCCCCUCCGCCUUCCUCUCCUCCCUUCUCUGCAGUCUUUUUGGUUUUGUUUAGAGUUUUACUUGGACUUUUUCGGUGGGUGUUUUUCUCACGAGACCCGGCUGUCUCCCGACCUCUACUGUAAACUUUCUGGUGCGAAGCGAGGCGAACACACGCGACGCGGGGAUGGGGAAGGCCCGGCUAGCGCGCGAAUUCAGGAUUGCGGUGAAGGUUAAGGCACUUUUUAUAACUAUAGCAAGGCUCAUCCUGUUAUUUAUUCUUUCUUUCCCUAGUAAUCGAAACACCGCAUAGGCUCCUCUGUUUAUCAGUAUUAAUGGUGUAACUUUGUUGGCAAUAUUUGCCGCGUAGAAUUUUUUAGAUAUCCAUUGUAAAUUUGAAACAAAGUCCAAUUUGUGUAAAAACAAAUUCCCAUAUGUUUUAUAUAAAUAUAUAUAUAAAAUGAAGGACUACCCUCUCUUUUUUUUUCUAGUAUUUUGGCUGCUGGGAUGCAGCGUUUGUGACACGUAUUUUAAAUUUCCUUCUGCACUGUAUAAAAUGAUAAUUUGAGGAUGUUUUGCCUUUUGUGUAUUUUUU